AUGCCCGGCGCCACUCCGACCAGCUCCACCUCCUCCGCCGCCGCCUCCUCCACCGCCGCCACCUCCGCCACCUCCGCUCCCACCGCCACCGCCGCCGCCGCCUCCGCCUCCACUGCCGCCACCGACACCUCAACCCCCGCCACCACUCCCACCACCACCCCCACCCCCUCCACUGCCUCCACCGCCACCUCCGCCACCCCCGCCAGCCCGUCCAGCACCCUUGCCCCCCUUGCCCUUACCGGUGGCAACGCACAGCAAGACGUGCAGCAGCAUCGCGUGUGGCCCACUGUGAGCGAACAGUGGCGUCGGCAUCAGCAACAGGGGCAGGAGAGGCACCAGAGGUGA